GCGGCGCGGCGGCGGCCGCGCAGCCGCGUAGGGCUUAUCUCGGCGUGCGGCGGCGAUACGCCUCACUUGAGCAGUGACCGCCGCCGCACGCGCCCGCGCCCGCCGCCGGCACCUCCGCUAGCACUGACGCGCAUGCUCGCACAACCGCCUUGUUUACAUACGCACGAAAUGCCGGCUCUUUAAAUAUACGACUUUGAACAUCAUUUAGAUUCAUAACUAAACAACGCAGUGGAUUCUUUUAUAAGUGCAAAAAUGUCGCUCAGUGGUGUUUUAUUAGUGAUUUUAAUAUUAUUGACUCUUUUACUAGCAGUAUUCCACUAUUCAUCAAAAGGAAGAAAGUACUGGUUCUUCAGAAAUGUACCUUACAGGGAACCGUGCCCGUUAUUUGGAAAUUUUGGCGCUACAUUUACCAUGAGAAAGAGCUAUACAAGAAUGCUUCAGUUUUUCUAUGACAAUUUCCGAGAUAAGAAAUAUGUAGGAUUAUUUCAAGCUCGCAGACCUACUUUGAUGAUAAUAGAUUUGGACAUGGCGAAAACUGUUUACUCGAAGGAGUUCCAGUGUUUCAGUGAUCGCGUAUCGGCAUCUACAGACACUCAACGGGAACCUCUGCUUCGUAACUUAGCGAACAUGAGUGGAGCUGAAUGGAAGGCAAUGCGACAUAUUGUGACACCAACGUUCUCAUCAGCCAAGAUGAAGGCUAUGUUUCCGUUGAUCGCUGACUGUGCUCAGACAUUGAAGAAUACAAUGCUCAAAGAAUCCGUAGAUGAAGUGAAUGUUCCUAGUUUAAUGUCACGAUUCACCACUGAUGUAAUCGGCAGCUGUGCGUUCGGAGUGGACCCGGGAUCUCUCAAAAACCCCGAAUCACCAUUCCUGAAGAUGUCACAAAAAAUGUUUAAGAUAGAUCGAAGCACGGUGCUGAAACGUUACUGCCGCACAUUCUUUCCCAGAUUGUUUAAACUUUUGAACCUUAGAUCUUAUUCCGAAGACGUGGAGGCAUUUUUCACUUCCAUUAUAAAUCAAGUGUUGGCAGAAAGAAGGUCCGGAGUCCAAAGACAUGACUUUUUGCAAUUAAUGUUAAAUGAGCAAAAUACAAAUUCUUGUUUCCAAAUGACAGAUGCUUUAAUAACUUCCAAUUCGUUCAUAUUUAUGUUGGCGGGCUUAGAAACAUCGGCAACUACUUUGUCAUUCUGUUUGUAUGAGUUAGCAAGAGACCAAGACCUGCAAGAAGACGUAAGAAAAGAGAUUAUGGAAUGCUUGGAGCGGCACAACGGUUUGAACUAUGAUGCGGUGAUCGCGAUGCACCUGGUGUACCGGGUGGUGGCAGAGACGCUGCGCAUGCACCCGCCGACGCCCAUGACCACGAGGCUCUGCACGGCUCCCUGCACGCUGGACGAACAUCUAACUCUAAAGCUCAAGGAUCCCGUGCUCAUACCUAUUCACUGCAUCCAAAGAGAUGCGCAACAUUUUCCGGACCCUGACAAAUUCAACCCCGAACGAUUUGUGGACGAUUUAAAUCCUCCCGGUUUCAUGGCUUACGGCGAAGGCCCGAGGAGUUGUCCUGGUGCGCGAUUCGCUCAGCUGACGGUGGCAGCGGGGCUGGCCGCCAUCCUCCCGACCUUCACCGUGGAGCCGUGUGAGCGCACCACGCCGCGCAUCCAGUACGACCCACGCAGCGUCAUGCUCAAGAACAAGGGAGGCAUCUGGCUGCGAUUUGCUCCCAAAUAACACACAUCUGUAAACUGUUCUCCAUUAGGCAGUGUUAAUCAAACUCUCAUAGUCUUCUUAAUUAAUAACAAUCAUGUUUAGUUAUUAUGUGUCGUGUGAGAAAUUCCCAUCGAUUUAGCUCAAUGUUUGCUCCGUCUACUGGACUAACAACCUGUUUUCACACAAUCUGAAUGUGGAAUUGUUUACUUUUGCCUGAAUAUUUGCGGAGUAUUGACUUCGCUACAUUCUUAUAUGUAAAAUAGUAUUUGUGCGUUUGGUAGAAUUCGUUCAGAACCUAAGCGUGUAACCGGUCUCGCAUCUGCCAAGCACAAACAAUGAGGCAUUAUAAGACUUA